CAGCUACAACAGACAGGCCCCAGGAAGGCCACCCGCAGCUGACCCUCAGUCCCUUCUUGGGACAGUGGCACGGCAAACGCAGCAGCACCGGGGACCAGAGACGCCGGCCAGGCUUGAGAAAGCUUGCCCAGGUCCCUUUCGCGUAAGGCGCCUCAGAACCGCCCUCCCGUCACCCCCACGCCACCUUCACCGUCGGACACUGCCCCCUGCCUCCGGACCGCGGGACGAACACAAGCAAAGCUCUGGGCCUGCCCUGCUCACUCUCGUUCCCCGGCACCCGGCACAGAGCACCGGCUGGGGCUCAGCGCACUCGGACCGCUGAAGGCAGGCAGGCCGUUUUGUUUCCGCAGGGCCGUCAGCCUGCGCGCUCCCGCUCCGGGGCCCGCCGAGGGGAAGUAGACGCGAGCCCGCCUCCUGGCCGCCCAGGGGGCGCCGCGCGGGACACCGGCGCGGCCGCCGUGUGCGUGGAGGCCCGAAGGGGGCAGCGCGCCCGGGCGUCGGCCAACAAGGCAAGCGCCUUCUCGCCCGUCCGGCGACUUCCAGCUCCAACGCCCGGGGGCCGCCGCCCGGCCUUCAGCGAGCCUGGGCCGUGAGCAGCCGGCCGCCACGCCCGCUCGCCACAAGGGCGCGACGGCCCUCUCCUGGCGUCAUCUUCCGCGGCCGGCUCUCCGGACGGUACGCUACGGCGGCCGGCGGGCCUUCCUCAGCGUCGCCACGACGCGUCUCGCCGAGGCCUCGCCCCUCCGGUGACGUCACCGCGCCCGCCCCAGCGGGCGCCGCCAUGUCGGGGGUCCUCACCGCGGGCGCGUAGGUGUCUUCAUAAGAUGCCGGCUUGGCGGAGGCCGGCUCUCCCCCCACCAAGAUGGCGUCCAUGCGGGAGAGCGACACCGGCUUGUGGCUACACAACAAGCUGGGGGCCACGGACGAGCUGUGGGCGCCGCCCAGCAUCGCGUCCCUGCUCACGGCCGCGGUCAUCGACAACAUUCGCCUCUGCUUCCACGGCCUCUCGUCGGCCGUGAAGCUCAAGCUGCUGCUCGGGACGCUGCACCUCCCGCGCCGCACGGUGGACGAGAUGAAGGGCGCCCUAACAGAGAUCAUCCAGCUGGCCACUCUGGACUCGGACCCCUGGGUUCUCAUGGUAGCUGACAUUCUGAAGUCCUUUCCUGAUACCGGUUCUCUUAAUCUGGAUCUUGAAGAGCAGAAUCCCAACGUUCAAGAUAUUUUAGGAGAACUUAGAGAAAAGGUGAAUGAGUGCGAAGCGUCGGCCAUGUUGCCGCUGGAGUGCCAGUACUUGAAUAAAAAUGCUCUGACGACUCUCGCCGGACCCCUCACUCCCCCAGUAAAACAUUUUCAGUUAAAAAGGAAGCCGAAGAGCGCCACACUGAGGGCAGAGCUCCUGCAGAAAUCCACCGAGACUGCCCAGCAGCUGAAGAGGAGUGCAGGGGUGCCCUUCCACGCCAAGGGCCGGGGGCUGCUCCGGAAGAUGGACACUACAACCCCACUCAAAGGCAUCCCAAAGCAGGCGCCCUUCAGAAGUCCCACCACCCCCAGUGUCUUCAGCCCUGCCGGGAAUCGGACCCCCAUACCACCUUCAAGGACGCCUCUGCGGAAGGAGAGGGGAGUGAAGCUGCUUGACAUUUCUGAGCUGGAUAUGGUCGGUGCUGGCCGAGAGGCGAAGAGAAGGAGGAAGACGUUGGAUGCAGAAGUGGUGGAAAAGCCAGCCAAGGAAGAGACAGUCGUUGAGAAUGCCACCCCAGACUACGCAGCCGGCCUGGUGUCCACACAGAAACUCGGGUCUUUGAACAAUGAACCCGCGCUGCCGUCCACGAGCUACCUGCCCGCUACGCCCAGCGUGGUCCCAGCCUCAUCCUACAUCCCCAGCUCCGAGACUCCACCAGCCCCAUCUUCCCGGGAAGCCAGCCUGCAGGCCAGCCGGCCGCCUGAGGAGCCCAGUGCCCCGAGCCCUGCGCUGCCAGCGCAGUUCAAACAGAGGGCACCCAUGUACAACAGUAGCCUGAGCCCGGCUGCACCCGCGCCCACUCCCACAGCACCCUCCUCACCGCUGACGCCUACCACACCCCCGGCCGUCACCCCCACUGCCCAGACGCCGCCAGUGGCCAUGGUGGCCCCACAGACCCAGCCCCCUACCCAGCAGCAGCCCAAGAAGAACCUGUCUCUCACGAGAGAGCAGAUGUUUGCCGCUCAGGAGAUGUUCAAGACGGCCAACAAAGUCACACGGCCCGAGAAGGCCCUCAUCCUGGGCUUCAUGGCUGGCUCCCGAGAGAACCCGUGCCAGGAGCAGGGCGACGUGAUCCAGAUCAAGCUCAGUGAGCACACUGAGGACCUGCCCAAGUCAGAUGGCCAGGGCAGCACCACCAUGCUGGUGGACACGGUCUUCGAGAUGAACUACGCCACAGGCCAGUGGACGCGCUUCAAGAAGUACAAGCCCAUGGCCAACGUGUCCUAGAGGCCGCCCCUCUGCUGGCCUUGACUCAGGCUCCAGGGGACAACACCGCUGGCUUUGCCGAGGGACCGGCCUUGACGUGCUGCCGAAGCUUUCUUUAGAUUCAUUUCUCUGGGGUGUUUUGGACUUACUUUUUAAAUUUUAAUAUGGGUUACCUUUUGUGUGAUUUAAGACACUUUUUUGGAUUCAAUAUUCCAUUUUUGAAUGUUAAAGUUAACCAAAAAAGUUAUAACUGCCUAAUUUUAGCGACAGCUCUGCCUGUUAGACUUUUAUCUUUUUUUAUUUUUUUCCUAAAUUCUACUGACCAUGAGGGAGGGCUUUUCCUUGCUAGUGUAGCGCUCUCUCCACCCCCACGAGGUUGCGGGGACCAAAGGUGGCACCCAGCGAGGCUGAGAGCAGGGUGGGGCCGGUCCACCAAGGCCUGGGAGCAGGAGAUGUCUGGCGCACUCGUCGCCCGCAGGGUUUGUAUUGUCUUUUGUACAGUUGUGAGCAUUUAAGACCAGUCUUCAGGUACCUGUUUUCAUUGUAAAAACUACCUGAGUAAUUAAAGUUUAGCUUUUCUAAA